CAAAUGAAAAUGAGGUUUGGAAAAUAUGCCAACAGCGGCAGCAACAGUGGCAGCCAGUGGCUGCAAGAGAUUGUGAUGUAAUGAGAGCGCAGCAAAAGUGAAGCCUCAAUGCAAUUGCAAUUGCAAAAAGAUUAUACAAUUUGUGAGCUUGCUACGAACUAGGACAACAGCAACACGGCCUCAGACAUAGUCUUAAACUGAUAAAUACCGGCUGGCAACAACGAGCAAACUAGCAACAUAGUAGCGUGCAACAGCAACAACAGUAAGAGCAGCAGCAAUAGCAAUAGCAGCAGCAUAAAUUCAAAGUCGCUACGGUAUUAAUUGAGCGGAGCGUGGGAACUACAAAUCACAGCAACAGCAACAGAAGCAGCAACAACAGCAGCAGCAACACCAAUAGCAGCAGCCAGCAAAUCACAACAAAAAAAAUUGCCGCUCUGCUCGCUCUUUGCUCUCACAGUGCUCGCCAAGAGUUAAGCGACAACAACAGUUUGCCGACGCUGAGAGCUCUCAUUCGGACGCCACGAUUUUUUGUUGUUUCUCCUCAUAUAAUUUGAGGCGCUUCGGCAAGCGCACACGACAGUUGUGCUUGAAACGCUUCGUAGUGAAGAUCGUGCUCGAUCGACGCGCGGAAAACAAUAAAAUAAAACAAAUCCCACAAAAAAGAAGAAAUACACAAAUUUGUUAAACACCAAAUCGGCGUGUACAAUUUUGUACAACAGUGAACAAAAACAAACAAAACGAAAAAGAAAUUUUUUUUUAGAAAUUUUUGUUCAAAUAUCGACGACGAGCUUCGCGUGGAAAUUAGCAAGCGUUUACAAGAAACAAGCCAAAAACAAGAAAAAAGCAAAUUCAAUAAAUUGGAAAACUUAUCGAGAAGCAAAAAAACCAAGAAAUACAAAAAGAAGAAACACAACGUGUGCAACGUGUAAACCAAGUGAAAUUUUUCGUGAGUGCCCAAAAAACAACAACAACAAAGCAAAACAUAAACCAAAAGAAAAAAAAGCAAAAGCUACAAGUUAAAGCAAAAGCAACAGAGCAAAUACUUCAGUUGAUCGUAUCAAAGUGGCUCUCAAACUGUAAAGUGAUGUGCGUGCCAAAAGCACAACAAAUACAACACAAACAACAACCGCAACAACAAAGACAAUUUGUUAAGGAUAAGGAAGUAACCAUUAGGCAAACGUUAAGCACAUAAAGAAAUGGCCAUAGAUUUUUUAAUAUUGGCCCUGCUGCUCAUCUCGUUCAUCAUCAACCUGCUGGCGUUGUGCGCAUUCUGGAUAACUCCCGGACUGCGCACCACAGCGAAUCGCUUCACCAUCAACUUGCUGAUCAUCAAUCUGAUCGGCUGCUGCAUCUUGGCACCCACCCUGGUGCUGAGUGGCGUCAAGAGUCUGUCGGCCCAGACAACGGGAGCUACAGCGAACGGCGAUAGCAUCGAGUACUACUCAAAGCCCGGCAAUCAUCAGUUGACCAUACGUCAUCAUGGCCAACUUGUCGAGCAGGAGGGCAUUGUGGAGAGUCACAACAACACCAAUACCAUUGAGAUCUUCAAGUGCAAUCAAUCCCAUUGCCGUGAACUGACCAUCAAUGAGCGUGGUGAUGGCAUUCUCGUCACCGAAAUCGAAACGAAGGAGGAUAAUCUGAGCGCAGCGGUGCACAACAACAUAACGCCGCCGAUGUUGCCAGCGGUGCAGCUGCGUUGCUGGUCCAUUGACAUGGCCGCCGCACUGGGCGCUCUGGCCGUCCUCCUGGUGGUGGGUGACACCUGGUGUGCUGUCACCGAUCCGUUGCGUUAUCACAGUCGCAUCUCGGGUGUUAAGACCUGGAUAUUCAUCACACUCACCUGGACGGUGGGCAUACUCUUUGGAGCCUUGUCCGCUUUUCGUGUGAUCGACUUUGAGGCUGAUACGCUGCUCAGUCGGCAGCGUCGAUUGGCGGCCACGUACUUUAACAUCAGCAGUACCAACAGCAUCUUCGAUGUGGUCUUUGCCAGCGUCUAUUUCAUUGUCAUCAUCCUGCUGCCGUUUGGCUUCGUUUGUGGCAUGUAUUGGCGCAUCUUCAGCGAGGCACGCGGCAACGGUUUGCGCAUGCGACAGAAUGGAUCAUCGCCGCUGCUGCAGAGUGCACUGAAUCUCACCAAUCAUGCACAGGCCACACAGGCGACACCCUUCUCAAACAGCUUGUGUGUGCAUCGUCAUUCCAUCUCCUCGGCGAGCUCGCAUGGCGGAGGCGCCAUCAGCGGUGGACUGCAGAUGCAAAUCGAUCAGCGACCUCGCAGCUCACCGAGUUGCCUGCGUCGGGAUUCAGCUGCCAAGGUGUUGCUGCCCACCAUCUCGGACGAUGGCUCCGAUGGUGAUGUGGAGAGCAACAGCGGAGCUGGUGCACAUCAGCUGAUGAGUGUGCCGGAGCAAACACUGGCAGAUCGCAAUCAGAACAUUCUGCUGACACUGCAAACGGCCAGCGGUGAGAUCAAGCGUAACUAUUCGGCCAGGCAGUUGCCUCUGCUUGGUACUUCGUCGCAGGAUCUGCGCGAGUUGCAUCGCCUGCAGGGAAUACGUCAGGUGCACAGUUCACCGAAUCUGCACAAGUACACGGAGCUGCUGCAGGAUACGUUGAUGGGUGAUGAGUGCAGUUCGCCGCAUUUGUUGCACGCCCAGCGACAGCAGCAACACUCACAGCAGCAGUUGCAGCAACAGCAGCCGGCACAGCAGCAGCAACAGCCACUGCAGCAGCAACAACAGCUGCACACACACUUCAAUUCGGGACGUCAACAGAGCAAUGGACACGCCCUGCAAAUACCCGCCAUACACGCCUCGCCCAAGGCGCUGAGCUACAUGAGUUCGCUGCGUCAUCGGCUGAGCAACGCCAGCUCGCUGUUCAAGUAUCGCGAGGAAUCGCGCGCCGCACGCAUUAGCAUCCUGGUGGUCGUGAUGUUUGUGGUCUCCUAUCUGCCCUAUGGACUGUUGGUGCUGCUGCAGUCGCGUCUCUCGGCCGCCAACUUUGGCGGCUCCACACAGUUGGCCAUCUUCAUGAUACUGCUGGCCAAUCUGAGUUCACCCUUCAUCUUCGCCUAUCGCAAUAAGCGUGUGCGACGUGGCGUUAAGCGUCUGUUUGGCCUGGAUGCCGCGAGCACGUUGCAGCGUCAUCACAGCAGCAGCAUGAAGGCCAAUGGCAACAGCGGUGCGGCGACUUCGACAAGUGCGGCGCAGUUGCAACGCAACAGCAGCAAAUUGUCGCAGUACAGCAGCAACAGUUGUCGCUAUCUGACGCCGCAGAGUUCGGUGAUCAGUCAAUGCCAAACGACGCCGGUGCACACGACGCUGACGUUGCGUCCCAACAGCAGCUGUAGCACCAUCAUCAAUUUCGGUGGUGCCACCAAGGGAUCAGCGGAUUCGGAUGAUGUGCCCUCGCUGGAGGCAACACCGCCGCCACAACAGCGUGCCACACGGCCCAAGUUGCAACGUGGCAUCACCAUUGUGGAGCAUAUUCAUAUAGCCGGGUCGCCGCCCAAGUUUCAGGCGCGUCGCGGACUGUUUGAUAUGUUCUUUCGCGGCUCGAAGAAGCUGCAGUCCAGCUGCACACAGUCAGCGCCAACGGAGGUCUAAAGCCGAAAUCUAGUGUUAAGUAAUAACUACUAAAUGUUGAUUGCUUGCUGAAGAAUUCGCAGAACAGUAUUCGUAAUGUCUUAAGUUUAGAGAACUAAGCCAAAAACAAAAACACAAACACUUAUAAACAUGCUGUGCUAGAAGCUUCUCAUGCCAAAAAAAUGGAAAAAAGAAAAUGUAAUAUUAAACAAAAAUAACAAAAAACACACACAUUUUAUUGAAACUCUCACUUACAUAUGUAAUAUGCCUGUGCUUGUCAAACUGUGAGUGCUGCAAAAUGCACAGGCAACAGCAACAUGUACCUUGUCAAACAAAACAAAUAAUCCAAAAAAAAGUAAACUCUGUACAAGUCGCUUGAAAAGAAACAAAUAAUAACAAAAUGUUGAAAACAUAUUUUAAAAAGUAAAUAACAUUAAAUUGAUAUCAAACUGUAAACGGGAACCAAGCAGCCAAUUUCAAGUACCUAAAAACUGUCUAAACAUAUGAAUAAUAACCGUCAAUUGCUUGAGACUCUUAAAAAACACACACUCUCACAUACAAAAAAAAAACAAGCACGACAUCUUUUUAAUUUAUUAUUACUUAAGUUGAUAUACAUACAAUAUUUAUUAAUCAAACACGACAAGCUUUAACUAAAAACGAAAAAAAAAACAAUACAACACAAACAAAAACAUUCUGGCUAAAAGAAAAAACCCAACGCUAA